GAUGUCAAAGUGGUUAGAUAUGGGUUUAACUUGUACACAAAUUAGUUUCAAGACACAACAAUCUGCUUCAUGUAUUUUAACAUUUAUCAAUAUAAGAUUGUCCAAUGAAUUGUGUCUUUGAACUUGAUGGACAUAAAUUGUAUUUAGGAAAUAUCAAUGCUGCAAAUGACCCUUCAUAUCUUAGAAAACAUGAUGUUGGUGCUGUAUUAUCUGUCAUUGACACUAGUGAUAUCAAAUUAGAAAAGUCAGUUAUUCAUCUAGUAAUUAUAUUCAUUAUUAUUUUAGUGGAUCGCAGCAGAGGAUUGCGAAAAAGUUUAAUUAAUAAGAUAUUUUGAUUAGGCCUCUAAUUUUAUAUAAGACAAUCUUAAACACACUAAUAUAUUAGUUCAUUGUUAUGCUGGCAUCUCAAGAUCAAGUUCAUUGAUUAUUGCCUACCUACUAAAAUAUUAAGGUUAUUCAUUAAAGGAAGCAUUAAAUAAAUUGAAAUGUUAGAGACCUUAAGUUGAUCCAAAUGAUGGAUUUUUGGAACAAUUAAAAUAAUAUGAAGAGAAAAUUAAAUAAAGCAAGACACGUCCAAAUUCUAGUCUAAAUAAAAGUGAAAGCAAAUUUUUAAGUUUGAAUUCAAGUGUUGAAAAAUAGAAUUAGAUUCCAAAAGGUCGAUAGAGCAUUUCAAACUUCAAUAUUUAUAGUAAUCUUAAUUCUUAGGUUACCAAAACUAAUAUUAGAAAUCUUUAAUUAACUACUAUUACAGUUCCCAAAACUAAAUCAAGCUUUUUAGAAAAAAGUUGUAGUCCUACUAAUAUCAACACAUAAAAUAACUAAGGAAAGACAUUCUUUUCGAAUUCGAAACUUGAAGAUCCUUGGAAAUAAUACUAAAAAAUAAAAAAUUAAGAAACCGUAUGGAAUAAAUCAAUUUUAGGAAUGAAAAAUAUUUAUAACAAUCACAGUAGAUAACAUUCUUUGAACCAAUGA